AUGUCGCGCUAUCAGGACUACGUCGCCGAGAACCAGCUGCCCUCCCAAGCCCAGGACGGAUGGCGGCAGGCUCCGUGGAUGCCUGCGGACGCCCCCGGCCCCGCGCCGGCCCCAAUGGCCUGGGCCGGGGACCCGGUGGCCGGCAACGGUCUGGUGCCACCGUCCCGCACCACCAUGUCGCUCCGGGCGCAGCUCCCGCACGGCCAGAUGCCCAGGGCCAACGCGCACCAGCUCCAGCAGUUCGCCUUCGACGCCCCGGUCCCGACCUUCCCCUCGGAUACGUCGAUGAGUAACGGGCAGUCGGGCACCGAGAGUGCCAGGCGCCUCCCGCCCGGGGCCGGCACGGGCUUCUCCUGGAGCGAGAGGCCCUCGGACCCGGCGUUCGGCCCCAUUCAAUGGGACUCGCGCGGCGCGUGGCCCCUCGCGUUCCCCACGGACGCCCCGUCGGGCCACGGCCCCUGCGUGCGCUCGCUCACCACGCCGGGCGACUCCUCCAACCACGGCGAGCAGCUCUGCGCGACGGUGUCCGACCCGGCGAGCUACCUGCACGUGGUCCGUCAUCCCGACCGGAGCGUCGACGCCAGCACGAUUCUCGGGAGCUCGGAGAACGACGGCACGCACAUGGGCAGCGACAUCGCCGACGCCCCGCACGCGGACCCCUGCAUGGCCGGCACGUCGCGCUGCACCUUCUGCGCCGCGCCCGUCGACUCCGGCGACGUCGUCACCGCGCAGCUCGCCACGUGCAACCAGUGCCUCUCGCGGCUGGUGCAGGGCGUCGUCAUGCCGCCCGCGCCGCAGACCGCGCCGGGCCCGGCGCCCACGCGGCCGCCCGGCGACCAGGACGGCACCGUGGGGGCCGCGCGGCGCUCGCGUCGGACCGGCCGGCGCCCCCGCAGGAAGUUCGACAAGCUGUACAACGGAUACAACGCCCCCGCGCUGCGGAUGCCGCUCGCCGGGGAGUCGUCGCAGAUCAAGCUCGCGCAGUCGACGCUGCGCUCGAUGCAGCACGCGGCCCCGGCUGAGCCCGCGGGGCAGCCGCGCUACCCGCUGUGCCCAACGGGCGCGCUGCCGGUGCGCCCGCUGCCGAACGACGGGCGCCACGGCGCGCCGGGCGAGAUGAGCGACAUCUCGCAGAUGAUACCUGGCGCGCGGCUGGGCUGA